AUCCACGACCAUGUCUGCUGGCCUGGAGCUCAUUGGGAUUGUGCUGUGUGUCCUGGGAUGGCUCCUGGCCAUUGUCUCCUGCGCUCUUCCCAUGUGGAGGGUCACGGCCUUCAUCGGCAGCAACAUUGUGACGGCGCAGAUUUACUGGGAUGGUCUGUGGAUGAGCUGUGUGGUACAGAGCACUGGUCAGAUGCAGUGCAAAGUCUAUGACUCCACGCUGGCACUUUCCCAAGACCUCCAAGCAGCCCGUGCCCUCACUGUCAUCUCCAUCCUGCUGGUCAUUCUAGCCAUGCUGGUGUCCAUCGCUGGGGCCAAGUGCACCAACUGCAUCGAUGAUGAAUCAUCUAAGGCCAAAGUCAUGAUCGUGGCUGGAGUUCUCUUCCUUGUAGCUGGCCUCAUGCAGUUGAUUCCUGUCUCCUGGUCAGCUAACACCAUCAUCAGGGAUUUCUACAAUCCUUUGCUGACCAACCCACAGAGGUGGGAGCUCGGGGCUUCGCUUUACAUCGGCUGGGCUGCUACGGCUCUCCUGAUAUUGGGUGGAUCGUUGCUAUGUUGCUCUUGCCCUCCAUCCAGAACGAAUUAUUCAUCUGCCCGUUCCGCAGCUACCGGUGGGUAUGACCGAAGAGACUAUGUCUGAGUCGGGAAAAUAAAACAAACUGUUUCAUGUUCUGUUGUUGAGAUGACUGAAAACUGACAUCUGUUUGCUGAGCAAUGAGUAGAAGGGCUCAUUGUGUAUAAAAAUAAAAAAGUUAAAAUAUGAUGGCACUGGAGGAGAAAAGCAUUUCAAUGUUGAAUACUGAUGAAUAAAACUGGUUCUAAUACAUACUUUCUUUACUAUGUAUACUAUGUUUUUUAUUUAAAGGAUUUUAACAUUCAGUAUUUAAACAGACUUCUUAUUUUUAAUGAACGCUUUAGCAUUCAGAUGAAAAGCAGACAAAAACAGUUAUACAUUCUUCUGUACAUUGUAGUUUUCCUUAUAAAAGGCACCUUAUGGUGCAGCGGUGUGGGAAUUUAGCCAGGA